AUUUUGAAAAGUUAUCUGGGUUUUCGAACUGUCUUAUUCUGUCUUUACAUACAUUCCAACAACAAACUAGCAAUAAUUUUCAAAAGACGUUKGUUACAUACAGUAAAGGUACAAAUUAGCGUCAAAUAUGAAGGGAGGAUGUAAAAUAGAGUUAGUUUGUUAGACUUUACGUCGCUGUGUCGUCCUGUGCACGUGGAGGAUGAAGAAAGGGAAGACGGCCGUGCCGACCAUACAGCAGAUUAGUGCUGAGGCUAUUACAAGGCUGGGGAAUAAGUAUUGGUCUCAAGGCCAGGGAAAAGCUCCAUACGAUGCAAAGAUAACUGAUAAAAUCUACAAUGAAGAAAUCAAAGGAAGCAAGUUUUCUGUGCGUAAAAUGAUGCUAUUGGAGUUCAGUCAAUAUCUUGAGAAGUACUUGUGGCCAAACUUUGAUGCUUACAAGGCUUCACAAGCACACUUGAUGUCAAUAGUCAUGAUGGUCAAUGAGAAGUUCAGAGAAGGUGUUCCAUCAUGGCAGAUAUUUAAAGAACAUCCCAAACACUUUGCAGACUUUUUUCAYAAGGUUCUUGAUAUGUGUCUAAUAGAAAAUGAGAAAGAGAUUUCUUUCAAAGAACAAACUGCUUUAGUGAUUUUCCUGAUUCAUUGUUUUAAUAGUUUGGAAAUGGACCAGAUCCGUGAUCAGAUUCAGCACAUGGUAUCYAUUUCUAUCUGGAACAACCUUCUUCCUUCCCGUCUUGAACUGGAACUAAAAGCUGUUCCCAAGUAUAAAAAAUAUUGGAAUCAUAUCAAGCGAAAAGAAAAUUCAGAAGAUGAAGAAACAAAGCUAAGACAAAAUAAACUGAGGUCCUUCUUGUCAAAAUUCCUUCACAAGUUCCUAUCAGUUCUUGAAAGCAUCCCAGMAACAGAGCCAGUAAGCAUGGACAAAGUCCAUUUUUGUGAGAGGUUUCUGGAAUUGUUGAUAGACUUAGAGGCUUUGCUUCCWACUCGGCGUUUCUUCAACACUUUACUAGAUGAUCACCAUGUCAUGGUAAAAUGUAGAAUGUCAAACCUUACUAGUAGAGAGAAAGAAGGCAAGCUCUUUAAUCAGCUUCUUGAUAUGCURAAGUUUUACACAGGAUUUGAAAUAAGUGAUGUAACAGGUAUGCCACUCACAGACCAUGAAAUGGUGGAUAUYCAUUAUGACAAGAUGGCUUCACUCCAGAGAGCUGUUUUCAAGUAUUUCCCAGAACUACAAGAAUUUGCCAUGAGCAACAUUGCUGGCAUUGACACAAGAGAUGCUUUACUCACUCACUUUGGGAAGUUAACAUGUGGGACAUUACAUGAAAUUGCUGCGUAUCUCAAGCUUCUCCCUUCUCCUAAUACGGAAUUUGUAGAGCAAAACAAAGACUUUCUGCUGGAAAUGCUGGUUUCUCGUCAUGAGAGAAGRUUAUCACAGAUUGAUGCAAUCAAUGAAAUGCCACUUUAUCCUACUGAACAGAUUUUAUGGGAUGAAAAUAUUGUUCCUACYCAAUACUACUCUGGAGAAGAUUGCCUUGCUCUUCCYAAGCUGAACCUGCAAUUCCUGACACURCAUGACUAUUUACUACGUAACCUCAAUCUUUUUAGACUGGAAUCAACAUAUGAGAUAAGACAAGAUGUUGAAGAUGUUSUAGCAAGAAUGAAGCCAUGGGUAAAUGAAUCUGAUAUGACAGAGUUUGCUGGCUGGGCCAGGAUGGGAACUAAAAUAGAACACUUCAGUGUGGUUGAGGUGUCUAAACCAAACAUUGGCGAAAACAGGCCCUCAGUAGUUAGAGCUGACAUUACUAUCAAUGUUAGCAUGAGAGAUGAAGUCAGGAUGGAAUGGGAAAGUCUUCGUAAGCAUGAUAUCAUAUUUCUGUUAACUGUCAGACCAACACAGACAACGUUUCGAUAUAAAUAUGACAGGACCAAACCAUUCAGAGAGCAGUUUGGUUUGGAUUAUGUUAGAGGUGCUGAAGUAGAAGGAAUGUUGGAUGAACAAGGCAAAGUGAUUGAAGAAGGUCCUGAACCCAAGCCAGAGAUAAAAGGUGAUAAGCGUACAUUUAGAGUAUGGUUGGAUACCAAUCAGUAUCAACAGGAUAUGUCACUUGCUGCUCAGGGAUCUGAGGAUGUUUAUGAAACUUUCAAUGUCUUGAUGAGAAGGAAACCCAAAGAGAAUAACUUUAAGGCUGUCCUUGAGACCAUCAGAGAUAUGAUGAAUGCUGAAUGUGUUGUUCCAGAGUGGCUGCAUGACAUAUUUCUUGGUUAUGAUGAUCCAUCGGCAGCUCACUACAGCAAAAUGUCAAAUCAGAUCAAGAGUUUGAACUUUAAUGACACAUUCCUGAACUACGAACAUCUUGUACAGAGUUUUCCACAGUAUGAAGUCAAGUGUACAACUAGUAAUGAUGCAGACAGAAUCCCUCCUUUCAGGAUAACAUUUCCAGACUCAAGCUCAUCUAAGAAAAGAAAACAUGAUGAAGAAAAACCCAACACAGACAAACAAGAAAUCAUUGUUGAACCUUUCCAAGUUCCAAACAGAGGACCUUAUCCAUUCAAUCAACCUAAAAAAAAUGCAGUUCCAUUUACACCAACCCAAGUAGAAGCAAUUCGUGCAGGAAUGCAGCCWGGRUURACUAUGGUUAUAGGACCACCUGGUACUGGMAAAACAGAUGUUGCCGUUCAAAUCAUCUCAAACCUUUACCACAAUUUCCCUGAACAACGAACUCUACUUGUCACACAUUCAAAUCAGGCUCUCAAUCAGUUAUUUGAGAAAAUUAUGGCAUUAGACAUUGAUGAAAGACAUCUAUUACGUCUUGGUCAUGGUGAAGAAACCCUAGAAACUGAGAAAGAUUUUAGCAGGUAUGGUAGAGUAAACUUUGUCUUAGCAACAAGAUUAGAUCUUCUCAAGGAAGUGCAGAGGCUUCAGGAAAGUCUUGGUGUCCAUGGUGAUGUGUCAUAUACUUGUGAAACUGCUGGUUAUUUCUACUUGUACCAGGUAGUAUCGCGAUGGGAAGAAUACAAAAGCAAACUAAAAAACAAGAAAGGUGACAUAGCAGCCGUUGCUGAUCUUUUUCCUUUCAAAGUAUUCUUCUCCAAUGCACCACAGCCCAUCUUUAAGGGGAAGUCAUUAGAAGAAGAUACAGAGAUAAUGGAGGGUUGCUAUCGUUAUAUCAGGAAGAUAUUCCAGCAGCUUGAGGAAUUUCGAGCAUUUGAGCUACUUCGCAGUGGACGUGAACGAACAAACUAUCUUCUGGUGAAGGAAGCAAAGAUUAUUGCCAUGACUUGUACACAUGCUGCGCUCAAACGAAGGGAUUUAGUAGAACUUGGCUUUAAGUAUGAUAAUGUCUUGAUGGAAGAGGCUGCUCAGAUAUUAGAAAUAGAAACGUUUAUACCUCUACUACUGCAGAAUCCAGAAGAUGGUUAUAAUCGUUUAAAACGUGUCGUACUGAUCGGUGACCAUAAUCAGCUUCCUCCAGUCAUCAAAAACAUGGCGUUCCAAAAGUUUUCCAACAUGGAGCAGUCUUUGUUCACGAGGUUUGUCCGUUUGGGAGUGACAACAGUACAGCUUGAUGCCCAGGGACGUGCCAGACCAAGCUUGUGUAGCCUGUACAACUGGCGUUACAAGAAUCUAGGCAACCUUCCGCAUGUUGUUACAUGGCCAGAAUAUCGAAUUGAAAACCCUGGYUUUCACUUCGAUUAUCAGUUGAUUGACGUUCAAGACUUUAAUGGCGUCGGAGAAUCRGAACCAAACCCUUACUUCUAUCAGAAUCUUGGUGAAGCAGAGUAUUCUGUGGCCAUCUUCAUGUACAUGAGACUAAUUGGAAUACCAGCAGACAAAAUAGCAAUAUUAACAACUUACAAUGGUCAAAAGCACUUGAUACGAGAUGUUAUCAACCAGAGAUGUGCAAACAACCCUCUCAUUGGACGGCCUAGCAAGGUAACCACUGUGGAUCGUUACCAAGGACAACAGAACGAUUACAUCAUCCUGUCGUUAGUACGUACUAAAGCAGUAGGUCACCUUCGUGACGUACGUCGUCUCGUGGUCGCCAUGUCACGUGCUAGACUUGGUCUGUACAUUUUAGCUCGUGUUGGGUUGUUUAGCAACUGUUUUGAACUCAGUCCUGCAUUUAACCAGCUAACUCAAAGACCACUCCAGCUUUACCUUGCUCCACAUGAGAGAUAUCCAUCAAUGAGACCGAUUGGAACUCAACCUUCAGAGACUCCUCUCAUCAUCACCAAUAUGGUACACAUGCAUCAAUUUGUGUACGACUUCUAUAAGGACCGUGUGCGGGAACUUCAAGCACACUCUCAGCAAAGUGAAUCAAUUCCACAACCACCUAAACAAGACGAACAAUUGACGGUCUCCGAAGAAAAAGAAGAAGAAGAAAAGCCGAAUGAAGUCAAGAAAGAGGAAGGCACUCCCAUUGUAAAUGAAGUUGAAAUGGGAGAAACAAAAGUUGACCAGUAAACCAAUAGACGGACAGCCUUAAACUUGACACGGAUGACAUGUUUGUUGAGUUUUCUCAUGCCUGUCUUAAAACAAAUAACUGUAUAUAAUAGACCUGUUAAACAAGUUUUACAGUAUGUACAAUCGUGAACGACAUGAACAGCCGGUUUGUAGAAUGGCUGACUGUGAUAAUAGACUGUGGUAAUAUAUGUCGUAUUAUGGGGACAGCAGUAAUUUAUAUUCUACAUUUAUAAUGUUUUCAGUCAACAAAAAAUAUAAUUUUGUACUUUUGUUCCUGUA